AUGGUGGGGGGUGGCACCAUGGGAGGUGGCACCAUGAGAGGUGUCAUCAUCAUGGGAGGUGGCACCAUCGUGGGAGGUGGCACCAUGGGAGGUGGCACCAUGGGAGAUGUCAUCAUCACGGGAGGUGGCACCAUCGUGGGAGGUGUCAUCAUGAGAGGUGUCAUCGUGGGAGGUGGCACCAUCGUGGGAGGUGUCAUCAUGAGAGGUGUCAUCGUGGGAGGUGGCACCAUCGUGGGAGGCGUCAUCACGGGAGGGGGCACCAUGGUGGGAGGGGGCACCAUGGGAGGUGGCACCAUGAGAGGUGUCACCAUCGUGGGAGGUGUCAUCAUCAUGGGAAGUGGUGCCAUCAUGGGAGGUGUCAUCAUGAGAGGUGGCACCAUGGGAGGUGGCACCAUGGGAGAUGUCACCAUCGUGGGAGGUGUCAUCAUGAGAGGUGUCAUCAUCAUGGGAGGUGGCACCAUGGUGGGAGGUGGCACCAUGGGAGGUGGCACCAUGGGAGGCGGCACCAUCGUGGGAGGUGUCAUCAUCAUGGGAGGUGGCACCAUGAGAGGUGGCACCAUCAUGGGAGGUGGCACCAUGGGAGGUGUCAUCAUCACGGGAGGUGUCGUCAUGGGAGGUGGCACCAUCACAGGAGGUGUCAUCAUGAGAGGUGUCAUCAUAAUGGAACGUGGCACCAUGGGAGGUGGCACCAUCAUGGGAGGUGUCAAAGCCAUGGGAGAUGUCACCAUCGUGGGAGGUGGCACCAUCAUGGGAGGUGGCAAAGCCACGCGAGAUGUCAUUGUGGAUGGUGGCACCAUGAUGGGAGAUGUCAUUGUUGGAGGUGGCACCAUUGUGGGAGGUGGCACCAUGGCAGGUGUCAUCAUCAUGGGAGGUGGCACCAUCAUGGGAGAUGUCAUCGUAGGAGGUGGCACCGUCUUGGGAGGCGUCAAAGCCAUGGGAGAUGUCACCGUGGAAUGUGACACCGUCAUGGGAGAUGUCAUCAUGGGAGGUGACACUGUCAUGGCAGAUCACACAGUCAUGGGAGAUGUCAAAGCCAUGGGAGAUGUCACCAUCGUGGGAGAUGUCACUGUGGGUGGUGACACCAUCAUGGAAGAUGUCAAACCCAUGGGAGAUGGCACCACCAUGGGAGAUGUCAAACCCAUGGGAGGUGGCACCAUCAUGGGAGAUGUCACUGUGGGUGGUGGCAUUGUCAUGGGAGAUGUCACCAUCAUGGGAGGUGCCAAAGCCAUGGGAGAUGCCACAGUGGGAGGUGGCACCAUUGGAGGAGAUGUCACCAUAGGAGAUGUCACCAUCAUGGGAGAUGUCCCUGUUGGAGAUGCCACCACCACGGGAGACGUCAUUAUGGGAGGUGCCACCAUUGUGGGAGGUGACACCACCAUCAGAAAUGUCACUGUGGCCGAUGCCACCAUGGGAGAUGCCACCACUGUGGCCGAUGUCACCGUUGGAGAUGUCCCUGUGGGAGAUGCCACCACUGCAGAUGCCACCAUGGCAGAUGUCACCGUUGGAGAUGCCACCACCCUUGGAGGUGCCAUCAUGGGGGGUCAUCACAUGACCGGUGCCACCACCGUGGGAAACGUCACAGCGGCCGAUGUCACCCCGGGAGAUGCCACCACUGGAGGUGCCACCACGGGAGGUGUCACUUUUGGAGGUGCCACCGUGGCAGGCGGUGGCACAGGAGGUGCCACCAUCACUGGAGAUGCCACCGCUGUUGGAGAUGUCACCGUGGGAGGAGCCACCACCGUGGGAAGUGUCAUCACCGUGAGAACUGUCACCGUGGGAGAUGUCACCUCGGCAGGUGCCACCGUGGGAGAUGCCACCAUGGGAGAUGUCACCUUGGGAGAUGUCACCUUGGGAGAUGCCACCACUGUUGGAGAUGCCACCACUGUUGGAGAUGUCACCUUGGGAGAUGCCACCACUGUUGGAGAUGCCACCAUGGGAGAUGUCACCAUGGGAGAUGUCACCUUGGGAGAUGUCCCCAUUGGAGAUGCCACCACCAUGCCACCACCGUUGGAGAUGCCACCAUGA